CAUGCCGGUGAGUUUCCCUCUGAGUGAAUUAUAAUUUUGCGAUAAAAAUUUCAAGGCAGAAACACACGCAGGCUCCUUCCUGCUUCCUUCAGGGAGGGAAGAGUCCGAGCGCAGAGCGAAAUGUGUCCGAGGCAGAGCGGGGAGCCGGAGAAAAAACAUCCGAGUGGGAGAGGGAGCAGGAGGAGGAGGAGAAGGAGGGGGCAGCAAAUUAAAAGUUGCCAAAUGGAGAUAUUGGGUUUCAAGCCGAGUGAAGCGGGAGUUCGCCUCUUUUGACGCGUCUUUUGUGUUGUCGUCGCUAAUCGGGAGAAAUUUCCACGCCGUUUCUCCUCCGCGGCAUUUUCCCACGGAUUCCUGCCGUCGACACGGGCGGCUAUAGCUAACCGGAGCAGGCCGGUGCGCAUCGGUUAAAGCGUCGCAGCGCAAGAGGGGGGCGACGCGUCCGGAGCCGAACCGGGGAUGGUGUUUAGAGUUAAAAACCUCGCCCCGGUUGGAACGAGGCGGUUUCGGUAUUUUGAGUCAAAGGCGGCGACGUUGUUGUGUUUUUGUGUUGCUCAUGGAGGACACGUGAAAGUCAGCGGAGACGGACCCGGCGCGUCAGAGACAGCCGAGCCACGCAGGCUGGAUCACGGGCGUUUAUUUAGUGCGGCUCCAAAGUCGAUUAUCAAGCUGUCGAUUCGAUCUAUUUUUAGGAAUUUAAAACUAGCUAGCUGCAGGUUUAGCUCGUUUCUCUAAACCGACGACCCCUCGACGCUUCGGGGGAAGCACUGCGACACGGGGACUAGCUUGGUUUCCGUCGAGGCGUUCGUGCUACGAUGCGACGAAAAUUAGCUCUUAAUCCAAACGCUUUGCGGCGACGUGGCUUCUCAUUGACUAACUUGAUCAAAACAAUAGAAAUAACGCAUAGAAUCCGAACGCUAAACAGCCGCAACUAUGCCUCAGUUUUGUCGGUAAACUCUUUAUUUCGGGCGCUUUAUGUUUGUUUGUUUUUGACGCUGCUAACGUUAACAUUUUGAUUUGUAGAACGCGUAAUCACAACACGAUGGAACUAAUUGCGUUAACGACUCAAAUACACGAAGAAAGCGCCGGGUUGUUUUGUUUCUUUUAAUUGAAACAACUCGCACUUAAACGUUUGCGUGAAAAUUAUACCGUCACUGUGAUAAUUGCUUCCCUUUGUCGUAGUUUGGCAUAUUUCUGUAUCGUUGAAUCACUUUUCAAAGCACAAAGGAUUCUGUACAACAUCGAGUUAUUGUUACUGAUACUUGACAUUAAAUGAUUUUCCUCAAAAUACCGUGUUUACAUGUGAUUAAAUGUCGUUUGAUCGUCGGUCUGAACUGUUUGGUCUGAGCAGUAGCUCCUGUACUCCUUUGUUCUCCCCGGAUCAAAGAUGGAGGCUGAACGUGGCUGUAAAGACAAGCCUGUGUCGUGCUAACAGCCAUUUUGUAGCAUUGCCGUUGUAAUAUUUUGCACAGACACACAAAAGCUCCGCUUCCCCUCGACUUUGACCAGAAGCACAAAAACAACAAUGUCAUUCUAAACACACUCAAUAGCCACUGAAGCCCAGCUUGCUGCAGGAAACAAAGGGUGUUAAAUGACUGAGUCCAUGCUUCCUGCUGGAAACCUACUCCUCACCUGUGUCCUUCCAUCAUCUCUCAGGUGUCAUGGAUGAUGAGGACGAUCGCCAUCUUCUGGAUAUUUUAGGAGAUGUGGAUGCAUUGAAUGACUAUCUCCAUGGCAACAACAGCAAGUCUAUUGAGGAGGAUGAUGUGACGAACGCAGCUUAUGGAUCAGAUGGAUCCUUCUUUGCUGGUGACACACCUGGCUCCAACUCUGGCCUCAAGGAUGGCUCUUCCUCAAUGGGUGGAUUCGGCGCCGAUUCAGCCGGGGCAGGCCUCCAGCUCUCCAGCAGCCUUUCAUUCAUCGAGGAUGAAUUGGGGACCGGGAACUCUUCUGGCGGCGUGGACCUCGGGGGGGAGGACCAGCCCUUUGACAUCCUGCAGAAGUCCCUCAUGGAGGCCGACAUCACGGAGCAGACGCUGGCCCAGGAGGCCUUACUGGACUCCCAGCCCGCUCCCACUCUAGUGCAGGCGCCGGUUCCCUUCCAGUCCCAGCUGGUCUCUGGGGGUUAUGGAGGGGGAGUGGGUAUGGUUACCACGGCAACAGCUGCGUUUCCAACAGGCCAGUUCCUGCAGGGAGUCUCCCAGCUGCCCAAUGGCUCCGCCCAGCACAUCCAGGUGUUGGGAUCCUUCGGGGCAGGUGGGGGGAUGAUGACUCUGAGCAGUUUGGAGAGAACUCCUCAGAUUGUGUUGAGGCCGGGGGCCCCUGUAGCUGCAACAGGGGCCACAACAGGGGGGCAGGUGUUUGCCCCCACUCAAGGUCAAGUCGGCCUACCUUUUAAAAACAUCCCCCUUCAAAACAUUAUCAUCCAGAGAGGCCCCGGAGGGACCCAGACUCUUGUCAGACCUAUCCAACCUAAACCACUUCAAGCUGGGACGCAGACCGUCUACAGCCUCGGUCUUCAGCCCACUUCCACCACCAUGGCUAAUGCUAACUCUGCUACUUCUGGGGGGCACUACACAGCCAAUGGCUCCAUUGUAGUACAACCAUCCCUGGAGCAGCAACAAGCACAGACAAACUUACAACCUGGACAGUACCUUCUCCCCAGCUCUUUGUCCCUCACUCAGGGCAGCAACAUCCACAACGGCCCCAGCGACCCCAACUCAAAUGCCCUAAUUACCAGUCAGAAUGCGGUGCAGAUUGUGGCAGGACAGAACUUCACCGGACCACAGAGGGGUCAGUAUAUCCUGAAUCAGGGACUAGUCACCGCGAGUCAGGUUGGAGGGUGUGUGACCCAAACAUGGACAGGAGUUACUUGUUCGACCACGGUACCUGUGCAGACAUCAUGUGCCCCUGGGCGGCUGACCCUGGGGGUCGUCGGCCAAACGCAAGUGUCAGCAAGCCCAGUGCAGCGCCUCCUAGUCACUCAAACCCAGAACUGCACGUCCCUGUCCCCUUUAACUGGAGGAGUGACGCAGGAACAAGACUUCAGACAGAAUUCCUCAUCACCUGCCCUCAAACAGCCCGGUAACAUUCAUGUCAUGAGAACCAUGACGCAAGAUUCAACGCUUAACUCUCAGGUCAGUGCACAGAAGAGGCCUGCCCACCCGCCCCUUACAAGAGAGGGAAUGAUUUUACAACGGCUGGGGAAGGAUCACGCCGGAGUUCAGACCCUAGAUCGACGAAGUUUCACUUCAAUCAGCGACGCGCUGCAAAGACUCCUCCCUUACCACGUGUUCCAGGGGGCGCCGCCCAGCCAGGAGGAGUUCUCACAGGUUGAUGAUGAAUUCGAGGUCGUAGCGACUCAGGUGCUGAAGAGGACCCAGGCCAUGGUGAACAAAUACAGACGGUUACUACUGGUGGAAGCUGAGCGUUCAAGUCCGUCAUCGGAGAUGGUGAUGAUUGACAGGACCUUCAACCAAGAGGAACGCAGCAACCUCACGCAAGACAAGCGCAUGGUACUCGUGGAUCCAGACAGCUUUCUGGAAGACUUCUGCUGUGGCAUGAAAUCCAGACUUUCCCCAGAACCGGCCCCGGCCCCACCCCCGGCCCCUCCUCCGUCCAGCUGUAGCUGGAACCCGUCAGACAGUGGCUCCACGGAGCCGCCGUACAGGACAGACUCGCAGCCCGGCUGUGGUGAUCCGGGAGGGGGCGGGGCUGCAGGAGCCGGUGCGGCAGACAGACUCCCCCCUCUACACUUAGAAAACAAGAGCGUCCUUGAACUGAAGAGAUCCCAGCAGCGCUUUGAGCCCAGCGGCGGCAGCAACAACAGCCUCGCCGCUGCCAACAGCUGUCCCCCAGGUAACGCCUCGCCUCUAGCAGCAAAGUCAGAAGGACAGACGCACUACCAGGGUUCACACCAACUGUCCUCCCAGCCGAUCCCGCCCCAGUUCCCCGCUCAGCUCACGUCACCCCCACACACUGACACAGACUCUGCUCUAGAGGCGGCGGUCAACAGCAUCUUGGAAUGUUAAGACUGAUGCUUCUUAUCAUCCCCAGUGUUUGAUUUUGUCUUUUUAUACGUGUGUGUACAUGUUUAUUUUUUUAUUUUUAAUCUCUCCUGUUGAAGUAUUUGUUAUAUCCCCCAACAAAUCCCUGUGUGAAGAGAGGUCAACUCUUCUUUCAGGUUUCGGGUCUUUGUGACACGAUCGGCCAUGUAGCAUGUAUUUAAUUUGUUUUUUACAUUUCUCUUUUUUUGUUUUGAAGCAUGACGUAGGAGUCGAGGUGGAUACAGGCACUUAUAUAUACCUAUAAAGACCCGGGAAUGUGUGCAAUGCAAUGGACUUUAUAUUCAUUUCACGGUAACUUGAAGAUGAAGCUGCUUUCAGACAUGAAACACUGAACUCCGGAUGAUCUCAUGAAACUCGGAGGGGCUGCAUGUGAGAACGCAGACUUCAGGGGUCAGUUUCUCCUGCUGCGUUCUUCAUAUGUGACAUUUCCCAGAGUUCAUGUCUGAAAACAGUUCAGGAGUGUUCCUCUCUUCACACACAGACA